UUUGGUUCUGUGGCAUUGAAAAUUUCUGUUGCUUCUGUAGUUGUUUGCUUCCAGUUGCCCUACAGGCCUAUGCCCUGGUUGCUCAGCAGUGGGUCCUGGUUCCUGUAGCCCACUUGUCGACGGGUGCCCAGGAGAAGCACUCGCCACGCUCCUUAUUAUCCUGGGCGAUAAUUAACCAUAACUGGGUUGGGUGCACUUAGUUCAACUUCUCAGUUGAGGCCACUCUGGCUUGGUUGAACCUACUGGUAGUUUACACUACCACCAGCACAGCUCUCAACAUUAUAGAAGCAGUUAAGCCCCUCACAAAAAAACAUGGCAUCACCUGAUGGGAAGAAAUUAUUUGUUGUUGUUGUUAUAUUCAGCUGCUGGACUUGAAGCCCAGUCUCCAAACAAAAUGAAACAGGUUCGUUCAUCACUUUAGCUGUGAAUUCAAAAACUUCCUGUACCAAACUAAAGGUUUGUCACUAUAUUUAAAAUGUUUUCUCUUCUAGAACAUGGUCAUACAGCCCAAAAAAACAACAGCAACCCAGUGAUUCCAGCCACAAAAUCCCUCAACAAUACAUUGUUUUCUCUUAAUUUCUAAACCUACUACAUUAUACAAAACACUCAUGCAAUAGGAGUGGAUGAAAAAAGGAAUAACUUUGUGGCUUCACAGUGCUUAGGGACAGAGUUAAGGUUCCGUGGGGAGGACAAAAAAAUCUUCUGAGCGAAAAAGUUUGGGAACUGCUGGUAUAAACUACACUUUAUCCCAAGCAUAAUAGGUAGAUGCGACCUUCUUGCAGCAACACCAGAAGCACUCCAAGUGGCCAGAUACUGGUCAAAGGACAUUUAAUCAACUACCAAACUCACAAAUUUUGUAUUUUGUCUGUUUGUUUGCUUUGUUCUGUUAGAAAUGUAAUAUAAUUUGACUGGUUGCCCUGACACGACAAAUAAAAUAACCUUGUUUGCUUGCUCUGGACACCAAAAUAUCUUGUAAGUGGUGUAUAAGGACUGAAAAGCAACAUCAUUUAUGGCCACAGAGAUAUGCUAAAAUGGGACUGGGGUUGUUUUCCCCAUUUUCUUUUUAUCCCCAUCAAACAUCUUGCUUACUUUUCCUGCCCCUUUCUUUCUACCUUCAGUAAUUUUCCCAAUGCUUUUGCCUUGCAGGAGAUCCUGGCAACAGUGCAAGGUUUAACUGAAAAGAUGGGAGGGGAAGACUCUUCUGAGCCCAGCCUGGGAAAGGGCCCUUCCCUCAUUCAGGCCAAGCCUAGAGGAGCAUUCGAGGAGAGAGCCACCCAGAAGAGCAUGCUGGAGGAAGUGCUCACUUCAGAUUUAUGCCGCCAGCAAUUCAGGGACUUUGGCUACAGGGAGACGUUGGGACCUCGGGAGGUUUGCAGCCAGCUGCACCUUCUCUGCCGCCAGUGGCUCCAGCCAGAAAGACGCACCAAGGGGGAGAUGUUGGACUUGGUGGUCUUUGAGCAGUUCCUGGCACUCCUUCCCUCGGAGAUGUCGUCCUGGGUGAGAGAAUGUGGGGCAGAGACCAGUUCCCAGGCGGUGGCCCUGGCAGAAGGCUUCCUCCUGAGUCAGGCAGAGAAGAAGCAGGAAGAGGAGACGGAUUUGUGUCUGGAACGGAUCCCUGAGGCAGGUCAGUGUUUUUAUGAAUCCAGUCAAAGGCAGCAGCCAAGGUGGAUGAUGGAGGACAGCGAAGGAAAGUCUCCCUCAAUGAGAGAGGGAACAAGGACUGGGUCUGCAAGUAGAAGUAUAAGAGCAUCCCUUCCUCAAGAGGAACUCAGAACAGCAUCUGCAGGAGUACAUCAGGUGACUUUUGAGGAGGUGGCUGUGGAUUUCACAGAAGAAGAGUGGGCUCUGUUGGACCCAGGCCAAAGGACCCUUCAUCAGAAGGUGAUGGAGGAGAAUUUGGAAGUCCUGUCCUCUCUGGGAAGCACUUGUGGAAACAAUUCCUCGUCAUCAAAGUGUUUGGAGGGGAAAAAAAGAUUCAGUCAAAAGGCCUUCCUCUCCCGUUACCAAUCAGAUCACACAAGGAAGAAACCAUUUCGUUGUUGGAUAUGCCGAAAGGGUUUCAUUUUGAAGAGUUUCCUCCUUUGUCAUCAAACAACUCACGCCGGGAGGAAACUAUUCAAAUGCCCGAAGUGUAGAAAAGAAUUUAUUUGGAAGUCACACCUCACUCGGCAUCAAGCAACUCACACUGAGGACAAUCCAUUCAAAUGCCUGGAGUGUGGAAAAGGCUUUAUUCAGAAGGCAAGCCUCACUCAGCAUCAAGCAACUCACACUAGGGAGAAACCAUUCAAAUGCCCAGAGUGUGGAAAAGGCUUUAUUCAGAAGGCAGACCUCACUUGGGAUCAAGCAACUCACACUGGGGAGAAACCAUUCAAAUGCCCAGAGUGUGGAAAAGGCUUUGUUCGGAAGGCAAGCCUCACUCAGCAUCAAGCAACUCACACUGGGGAGAAACCAUUCAAAUGCCCAGAGUGUGGAAAAGGCUUUAUUCUGAAGGCAAACCUCAUUCAGCAUCAAGCAACUCACACUGGGGAGAAACCAUUCAAAUGCCCAGAGUGUGGAAAAGGCUUUAUUCUGAAGGCAAACCUCAUUCAGCAUCAAGCAACUCACACUGGGGAGAAACUAAUCAAAUUCACAGAGUGUGGAAAAGGCUUAAUUCUGAAGGCAAACCUCACUCAGCAUCAAGCAACUCACACUGGGGAGAAACCAUUCAGAUGCCCAGAGUGUGGAAAAGGCUUUAUUCAGAAGGCAAACCUCACUCAGCAUCAAGCAACUCACACUGGGGAGAAACCAUUCAAAUGCCCAGAGUGUGGAAAAGGCUUUAUUCAGAAGGGAGGCCUCACUCAGCAUCAAGCAACUCACACUGGGGAGAAACCAUUCAAAUGCCCAGAGUGUGGAAAAGGCUUUAUUCAGAAGGGAGGCCUCACUCAGCAUCAAGCAACUCACACUGGGGAGAAACCAUUCAAAUGCCCAGAGUGUGGAAAAGGCUUUAUUCAGAAGGGAGGCCUCACUCAGCAUCAAGCAACUCACACUGGGGAGAAACUAUUCAAAUGCCCAGAGUGUGGAAAAGGCUUUAUUCAGAAGGGAGGCCUCACUCAGCAUCGAGCAAUUCACACUGGGGAGAAACCAUUCAAAUGCCCAGAGUGUGGAAAAGGCUUUAUUCAGAAGGGAGGCCUCACUCUGCAUCAAGCCAUUCACACUGGGAAGAAACCAUUCAAAUGCCCAGUGUGUAGAAAAGGCUUUAUUCGGAAGGCAGACCUCACUCGGCGUCAAGCAACUCACACUGGGAAGAAACCAUUCAAAUGCCCAGAGUGUGGAAAAGGCUUUAUUCUGAAGUCAUGCCUCACUCUGCAUCAAGCCAAUCACACUGGGGAGAAACCAUUCAAAUGUCCAGAGUGUGGAAAAGGCUUUAUUCAGAAGGCAAACCUCACUCAGCAUCAAGCAACUCACACUGGGGAGAAACCAUUCAAAUGCCCAGAGUGUGGAAAAGGCUUUAUUCAGAAGGGAGGCCUCACUCAGCAUCGAGCAAUUCACACUGGGGAGAAACCAUUCAAAUGCCCAGAGUGUGGAAAAGGCUUUAUUCAGAAGGGAGGCCUCACUCUGCAUCAAGCCAUUCACACUGGGGAGAAACCAUUCAAAUGCCCAGAGUGUGGAAAAGGCUUUAUUCAGAAGGGAGGCCUCACUCUGCAUCAAGCCAUUCACACUGGGGAGAAACCAUUCAAAUGCCCAGAGUGUGGAAAAGGCUUUAUUCAGAAGGGAGGCCUCACUCAGCAUCGAGCAAUUCACACUGGGGAGAAACCAUUCAAAUGCCCAGAGUGUGGAAAAGGCUUUAUUCGGAAGAGAGACCUCACUCGGCAUCAAGCAACUCACACUGGGGAGAAACCAUUCAAAUGCCCAGAGUGUGGAAAAGGCUUUAUUCAGAAGGCAAACCUCACUCAGCAUCAAGCAACUCACACUGGGGAGAAACCAUUCAAAUGCCCAGAGUGUGGAAAAGGCUUUAUUCAGAAGGGAGGCCUCACUCAGCAUCAAGCAACUCACACUGGGGAGAAACCAUUCAAAUGCCCAGAGUGUGGAAAAGACUUUAUUCGGAAGAGAGACCUCAUUCGGCAUCAAGCAACUCACACUGGGGAGAAACCAUUCAAAUGCCCAGAGUGUGGAAAAGGCUUUAUUCGGAAGAGAGACCUCACUCGGCAUCAAGCAACUCACACUGGGGAGAAACCAUCAAAUACCCAGAGUGUGGAAUAGGCUUUAUUCAGAAGGCAGACCUCACCUGGCGUCAAGCAUUUCACACUGGGGAGAAACCAUUCAAAUGCUUUGAGUGUGGAAAUAGUUUCAACUUGGAAGAAAUCCCUCACCCAUCAUCAGGUCAUUCACACUGGGGAGAAACCAUUCAAAUGUCCAGACUGUGGAAAAGGCUUUAUUCAGAAGGCACACCUCACCUAUCAUCAAGCAAGUCACACUAGGGAGAAACCAUUCCAAUGCACGGAGUGUGGAAAAGGUUUUAUUCAGAAGGUAUACUUUACUCAACAUCAAGCCAUUCACACUGAGAAACCAUUCAAAUACCUGGAGUGUGGGAAAAAUUUUUUUUCGGAAGAUAGAUCUGACUUACCAUGAAACAAUUCACAGUGGGGAGAAGCAUUUCCGUGUCUGGAGUGUGGGAAAGGUUUCAGUCUGAAGGCAGACUUAACUCAGCAUCAAGUAACUCACACUGGGGAGAAGCCAUUUAAAUGCCAGGAGUGUGGGAAAGGUUUCAGUCGGAAGGCAUGUCUUGGUCAUCAUCAAGCAACUCACACAAGGCAGAAGCAGUUGAAGGUCUUACGGGACACUAAAAAUUCAUAGCAAUGAGAAACCAUUGAUAUGUUUAGAGUCUGAAAAGUGUUUCACUAAGCCUGCCUUUUGUUCCAGUAAGUCGUAGCCGUGUGUGUGUGUGUGUGUGUUGAAGAAAAACCUGUUGGAUUUUUGUUUGCAACACUGCAAGUUUAUGUUUCAACUCUGCUAUUAAGAGUAAAGAUUUUUCUGUUCAUUU